CAUUGCGGCCAUCGCAAACCGCUUCAUCUGGCCCAGAGAGGUGCCCUGUCUGCAACUUCUGGCUUCUUGUUAACAAAAACAAUAGUUCCCUUACCUGUCAUCUUCUUCCUGUUCUUGAUGCCGAAGAUGGCUUCUUUUUUUGCGUCUCGAGGUGGCGACACCGAUACAUGCCUGGAGUCUUGGGGAGGUGGAGCUACACGCUUAGAAUUGGAUCCGCACAUCUUCUUCCUGUUCUUGAUCUGGCCGAUGCAUGAAACCUUGGRCGAAGUGGGCUCCUGUGCAUCGAAGUUGCCAUUCUUUGAUUUGGUUUGAGCUUCGACUGGUGGGUCUCUGCACCCGGAUGCAUGCAUCCUUCUCAGCGGCUGCCAGGCGAACGAGACAUCUGCAGACAUGAAUCCGAUUGAUGACGGAGACAAGACGUAUGGGGCGUUUAGUAACGCUGUUCAGAUGGUGCUGAAGGAGCACGAGACCAGACUUAGUAACAGAGAGCUGGUGACCAUGGCGAGAGCUGUUUUGAAGGAACAAGGCUUCAAGCAGCAGCAAUUUCUCCCUGAGGUUGAUCUGUCCGCAGGUGAUGGUUGUUUGUCGCCGGCGGUAAUGGAUGUUAAAUCGUCGCCGGGUGAAUGGGGGAGAGAGGGAAAAGAGAAACGAGUAAUCGAUAAAUGGAUUUUGCUUAACUAACGGCGUGAAUCAUCCUCGCAUGCUUCAACCGUUUACACGAAUUGAAGACGCGUGGCGUGUCCUCCAAUUGCGCGAACGCUGCCCUGACUCUGCCUGGACUGAAGCCGAACACAUCGGACGUUGUUUACUUGCUUUCCAUCAUUUCUCUGCUCAAGUCAAAAUUGCUUUCUUUGCUUUCUUUUUUGGGUAAAAAAGUCAAAUUUGCUUGAGACGAGAAACAAACACUCCCAAACGAACGCAAUGCAGGCCUUUACGGUCUCUCCGAAUUCUCAUCUUCUGCUCCUCGGAGUUCCUCACUCCUGCUGCAGCUUCUCUCUCAUCAGAAGCAGAAACCCUAGCUUCUUCAGAAGCCUUAAAACCAUAACUUCAUCACCCAAACUUCCCUCUGCAUUGAAAUCAUUUGCAGAUUCGUCUAAUUCCGAUAGCAUCAAUGGCGACAAUGACGACGACGAGGAUGAAUAUGAAAAUUUGGAGUCGUCUGAUUCGGAACCUGAAUCCAUCUCCGACCAUGGUAUUGAUAUCAAGAUCGAGAAGCUUGGCAAGAACUCGCGGAGAAUACAGUCUUGUAUCGCCAUUGAUGCCAGCCUCGAAACUGUAUGGGGCAUAUUAACAGAUUAUGAGAGGCUGGCUGAUUUUAUUCCUGGCUUGUCCGUGAGUCAAUUGCUUGAAAAGAAGGAAAAUUUUGCUCGACUUUUCCAGGUUGGACAGCAGAACCUAGCAUUUGGGCUGAAAUUUAAUGCCAAAGGAAUUGUAGAAUGUUUUGAGAAGGAUCUUGAGGAUUUUCCUUGUGGUCAAAGACGAGAUAUUGAAUUUAAUAUGAUUGAGGGAGACUUCCAGACUUUCCAAGGAAAAUGGUCCAUAGAACAGACCAAUAAUGAAAGAUGUGAAGGGAUUGACUCCUUUGCAGAGAAAAAGAUUUGUACAACCCUUUCAUAUGUUGUUGAUGUGGUUCCAAAACGGUGGUUGCCUGUUCGUCUUGUUGAAGGAAGGCUCUGUAGGGAAAUCAAAAUGAACCUUUUGUGCAUUAGGAUAGAAGCAGAGAAGGCAGUUCCGAAUACCCUUCCUACUUGUCAGUGACACUAAUAUAUCCUGAUGAUAUCAUGUAAGUUGUAUUUUGUAAUAUAAUUCUUUAAAUACGUUCGUAUAAUUAAUAAUUUAAUAUAAU